AGUACUGUGUGACUGUUGAUGCACUGUAGUGAGAUACUACUCUUUAACUUUAUACGACGGACUUUUCAUAAAAAAGCAGAAUAGGUUACUAUUUGUCAGCAGAGCUCGUGCCCACCCUAACUCCACCGUUUUGAAUAUUUUCCCCCACUUUACCAAGCCCUCUUUUACAGUAUGAAGUGCAAUUAUGGCAAGGAGUAGCAAGUCAGUAGCGAGGACCCUGGAGGAUUUGACGCUAGACUCGGGUUAUGGUGGAGCCGCCGACUCCUUCAGAUCUUCCAGUGCGUCGUUGUGCUGCUCAGAGGCACAUGGGGGGAAUCAUUGGCAUUUAACCGACUCGAUGCACAGUCGACACAACAGUCUGGACACUGUUAAUACGGUCCUGGUCGAAGACGCCGAGAUCCUGGAGAGCACCGGGCAGUGCGCUAAACUACCCGAGCUUGAGGAUGUGCCGUGGAGCCUCGGGGAAGUGGUGAGCGCACUGAGCAGAGACGAGGAGAUGAGCCUACCGACCCCCCCGCAGGACGUCCUGCUUAGGCUCUCGGUGCUGAUAAGCCGGGCCCUGGUCAGGGUCGCUAAGGAGGCGCAACGCCUGAGUUUGCGCUACGCCAAAUGCACCAAACAUGAGAUCCAAAGUGCCAUAAAGAUCGUCCUGUCGUGGACCGUCUCGACGAACUGCAUAAGCGCGGCCCUCAGUGCCUUGUCCCUGUACAACAUGAGCACGGAGGAGGACAAGUUUAGCCGCGGUAAGUCGGUGCGCUGCGGACUCAUCUUCAACGUGGGGAAGUUCUUCAGGUGGAUGGUCGACAGCAGGGUUGCGGUGAGGAUCCACGAGCACGCCGCGAUCUACUUAGCUGCGUGCAUGGAGAGCCUCUUCCGCGAUGUGUACGCGCGGGUGCUGCGCAGUGCGCUGCUGGAGCGGGAUAACGGGAUCCCCAAGUUCACCGUGGAGAUCCUGGAGCAGGCCGUCAACAGUGAUGCAGAGAUAUGGGGGUCUUUGCUGCCUUGGCAACACCUGAUAUGUGGGAAGAAUGCAAGCGGUGUGCUCUGCCUACCUGAGGGUCUCACUCUUCACAGGGACCAGCAGCAGCAGCAGCGGGCGGGGAAGAGCGGAGAUGGAAACUGCUACAGUCAGCCUGAGCUGCGUUCCAUUGAACAGUGUUUACUGGCUACAAGAGUGGGCAGCAUCUCUGAACUAAGUGACCUGGUGUCCCGGGGCAUGCAUUACCUACAGCCGCUGUAUAUGAAGAACCACAACAAUGGGACGCCGAUCCACCACAAGAGCAGUGUGAUUCACUGGGCGCCAGAGGCAAUCUACACACUAUGUUACUUCAUGCACUGCCCUCAGGUGGAGUGGGAGAACCCCAACGUUGAGCCCUCCAAGGUCACCUUACAAACAGAGAGGCCGUUUAUGGUGCUGCCGCCUCUGAUGGAGUGGGUGCGCGUGUCUGUGGUUCACGCCGAACACAGACGCAGCUUCUCUGUGGACAGUGAUGAUGUCCGGCAGGCUGCCAGACUGCUGCUGCCUGGAGUGGACUGUGAGCCCCGUCAGCUCCGAACGGAUGACUGCUUCUGUGCCUCAAGGAAACUGGAUGCUGCCUCUACUGAAGCAAAGUUCCUGCAGGAUCUGGGCUUCCGUAUGCUCAGCUGUGGACGCACGGACCUGGUGAAGCAGGCUGUCAACCUGCUGGGGCCCGAUGGCAUCAACAGCAUGAGUGAGCAGGGGAUGACCCCGCUGAUGUACGCUUGUGUCCGUGGAGACGAGGCCAUGGUACAGAUGCUGCUGGAUGCGGGAGCUGAUAUUAACAGCGAGGUGCCAAACUCAGUGCACAAGCACCCCUCAGUCUUUCCCGAAACGCGGCAGGCGACGCCACUCACUUUCGCUGUGUUACACGGACAUGUGCCUGUGGUGCAGCUGCUGCUAGAUGCCAAAGCCAACGUGGAGGGAUCCCUGCAGGACGGGAUGGAGAACUACACAGAGACCCCGCUGCAGCUGGUUGCUGCUGCAGGUAACUUUGAGCUUGUGAGUUUGCUGCUGGAGCGGGGGGCGGACCCCAUGGUGGGAACCAUGUACCGUAAUGGCAUCUCCACCGCGCCGCAGGGAGACAUGAACUCCUACAGCCUGGCAGCAGCUCACGGACACAGAAAUGUGUUCCGUAAGCUGCUGUCUGACACAGAGAAAGGGAAAGGGGACGUCUUAUCCCUGGAAGAGAUUCUGGCAGAGGGUUCAGAGCUGGAAGGUAGAAGUCAGUCUCAGAUUGACCUGAUCCGAACUGGAAAGGCCAAACUUAAAGCCCUGAAAGAAGCGAUGUACCACAGUUCAGAACAUGGGCAUGUAGACAUCACCAUAGAUAUACGGAGCCUCGGGGUCCCAUGGACUUUGCACACUUGGCUGGAGUCUCUGCGCACAUGUUUCCAUCAGCACCGCCGACCUCUGAUCCAAGGUCUUCUGAAAGAGUUCAGCUGCAUCGAGGAAGAGGAGUACACUGAGGAGCUCAUCACGCACGGCCUGCCUCUCAUGUUCCAGAUCCUCAGAGCCAGCAAGAAUGAGGUGAUCAGCCAGCAGCUGUCUGCAAUCUUCACCCAGUGUUAUGGCCCUUACCCCAUCCCCAAACUGGUGGAGAUCAAGAGGAAGCAGUCAUCACGCCUUGAUCCCCACUUCCUGAACAACAAAGAGAUGUCAGAUGUGACCUUUUUGGUAGAGGGAAAGCCUUUUUAUGCCCACAAAGUCCUGCUAUUCACAGCUUCCAACAGGUUUAAGACUCUUCUAGCAAACAGACCUUGCGGAGAAAACACAUGUAUUGAAAUCAGUAAUGUCAAAUAUCACAUUUUUCAGCUGGUGAUGCAGUAUCUCUACUGUGGAGGGACGGAAGCUCUGCACAUCAGGAACACUGAUAUUAUGGAGCUUCUGUCUGCGGCCAAGUUCUUCCAGCUGGAGGCGCUGCAGAGGCACUGUGAGAUUAUCUGCUCUAAGAACAUCAACACUGAGACAUGUGUUGAGAUCUACAAUCACACCAAGUUUCUUGAUGCUCCAGACUUGGCAUCCUAUAUAGAGGGCUACUUCCUAAAGAACAUGGUAAUGCUGAUCGAGUUGGAGCCCUUCAAACAGCUGCUGUACGACGCGCCUCCUGAUAGCCCCGGAUGUGACAUCCUGGAGGCCCUAGAGAAAACCCUAGCCAUCCGCAUCCAGUCCAUCCACCUGUCCUCCUCCAAGGGAUCCAUCGUCUGACCUCCUACCUGAGAACAGGAACAGAUCCCAUUUAUCAGAGAAAUUUAUAUUCAUCUUUGUGUCACAUGACAGAGACGUGACACUGUAUUGAGAUGCAUCUGAGUGACGGAUAAAUUCAAGUGAAAGAGAAAAAUAAGACUUGUGGACUGUCCAAUUACAUUGUUUGUCUCUGUGAAGCUCAUCAGUUGCUAAUAUGCUUCUUGUUAUCUUAGCACAGGUGGUCUGUCUGUCUGCCUCGUUGAUAUCUAUCAACUAUGAAUUACAGUAACAUACAAUGACAUAAGAUAGCUGUAUUAUGCCACACUUUGCCAAUAACAUAGAUUACUGUAACAGUGUCCCUCAUUCAGCAAGAAUUUCUCAGCUAAGUAGUACACUCUGCGUGUUACAUGUGAGACUACGAAAACUCAGAGGAAGAGUUGCAGCCAACUGCAACAGUCAGAGCAUCUGAAUACAUGGCUCAAUGUACCUCAGUGUAAUGUGAUAAGCCAUCAGUGUAUCCCUUCCUAGCUGUGAGGAAGAACUGCUGCCUCGUGUUUGUGUUAAUAUUUGCUUGAACGUGUGGACCUGUACAGAAUACUUCAUUUGUAUAUUUGUCAGUCACUUAACACUAUCUGUGCUGAUUACUCCUGGGUUGAUUACUCUAGCCAAACAAGACAAAACAACUGACAAGUACCUGCAAUGUGACUGAUGCAAAAGAGGGACGUUCAUUAUGUGACUUUGGGCAAACAGGUGGGAAAGAAGACUUUUAUUUCCUCCACUACUGUGUAAAUAUUGUUGAUAAAAAACAGAGCUAUUGAUUAUGUAAGUUAAUGUAUAUAUCCACCAAUGUUUUUUCUCAUGUGUCUUACUGUUGGAUAUUGCUGUAAAAACAAGAAGCUCAUCUUUUAAAUAUCUAUGUUUAAAUGUUGCAUGUCAGGGGGAUGACUGUGUUUUGCUUUUUCGGUUUGAACUGUUUAUAGAUUACGUUGAGGAGACGAGAAUAUUUUUGUCAUUAGCAUGGGUCACUAAAUGUGUAACAGUUAAAUGGUGUUGCCAUUCUGUGCGUGAGAGGCUCCAGGCCUGUUUAGUCCUGAACUGGGAACACUAUGCUGUCAGCUGUUUUGCAAGGCUUGUGAGACCACAUGACUUGUGUAUUUGUGACUUGAUAUAUCUUUCCUCUAUAAAGAUUAAUAUAAAGAAUGCUAUGAAUCUGCUCUUA